CACGAAAGACAUCAAAUGAAAAUGAUAACAAAACUGAUUGGGGUUUGUUUGUGAAAUAUUCGUGUUUGGGAAAAAGUAAAUCGUUUAAUCUAGAAGAUUACGGUUAUAAUGCGUGUGUGUCGAGCAUGUUUGGCCCCAUUGCAUGAAUCAACAGAUGCAGUCAACAUACUCGACGAUCUGUACAAAAAUCAAGAUUUGUCCAUUUUACUACUUGAUCUGUUCACCUUUAAGAUAGAAGCAAACGAUGAAAUCUCCAAAGAAUUGUGUCAAAGAUGUGCCGGCAAAAUCGUUGACAUUCAUGACUUCUAUGUUAUGUACGUCGAAUCGGACCGAAAACUUAGAGCGCUGAAUGAAACGGACUGCAAGCCGAAUUUGGAAUCGUAUGACUUCGAUGGAGACAGCUUCUUACCACAUGAGAUUGUGGCCGUCGUCAAGAAGGAAGACUGUGCGGAGUCAUUGAAAUCGGAAACGGAUGACGAUUUUCAGAAACGUCCAAGCAGUUCAUCAACAUCUCCCCCAAUCGACGCUAAGCCGAAUGCUGAGGAUGAUAAAUUACGGAAAAAGCGAAAGCGAUUCGUGUCACAGUGGGAGUGCUUUGCUUGCCAUAAAACUUACAAAUCCAUCAAAACAAUUCGGAAGCAUUCGAGGGCAUGCUGUCUUCAGAUAGAAUCUCAGGGAUCGCCAUUGAAGAAGGAACGGCUAUACCAUAACAACCAAAGUAACGAAUUCGUUUGUGAUUUAUGUGGCAAGUGUUUCCCGAAUAGACGGGCAGUGUACUCCCAUAUACAAAAACACACGGGGCAGAAAGUGCUGUGCAACAUUUGCGGUAAAUGUUUCUCGAAUCGGAAUAAUUUAACGAAACAUCACAAGACCGUGCAUCUCAAGGAAAAGAACUACCAAUGUCCAACAUGUGAAAAACGCUACGACUCCAGCUACCGUCUUCGGAUCCAUCAAAAUGCCCACGCUGGCAUACGACUUUUCGGUUGUUCAUUGUGCCCUCAGUCGUUCAUUACGUCGUCAGCACUGUCACGACACAAAAAGACGGUUCAUAAACAAGGCGAACUGUAUGAAUGCAAUGUCUGUUUCCGGAAAUUCAAUGUCGCUUACAACAUGAGAGCCCAUAUGGUGACGCACACUGGCAUCAAGCCCCACAUCUGCCAAUACUGCAAAGCGGAUUUUCAUCGGAAACACAAAUUGGUGUCUCAUAUGAAGGAAGUUCAUAAACUCGACUGGCCUCAGCCCAAUGAUCAAACGGUUAUGUUCCACUCUCAGGUGAGUGAGUAAUGGGAUUUUUAAGUUAGCAAGAGCAUUAUGUACGUCCACUAUGGGCUGUUUCUGUGACAAAAUAAUAA